GAAACAUAGAUGCUGGCAAAGAAGAAACACAGAGCUACUACUACAGUAGACUUUAAACGACUGGAUUACAGCUACUUGUCCAUUAUGAAGAUCUUUUUUCUGAGCUUCAUAGGCAUUGUCCCAGCCACCCUAUCUCUUCUGCCACCUGAUGGUCACCAGUAUUAUGUGAUCAAGACAAAAGUGACAUGGCCAGUAGCUCAGAAUUACUGCAGGGAAACAUAUGGUGACUUGGCUACGGUUGAAACUGACCUUGACUGGUUUUUACUAAAGGAAGAAAUGGCAAGGGAAGGUCUGACAGACAUUGUCUGGGUCGGCUUGUACAAUGAUUUCGACAGUUGGCGCUGGUCCUUUAAUGAUGUCCCAAUGAAAAAUACUUUUCACAACUGGGGCGGUUUACAGCCUAAUAAUGCGUUAGGGAAGGAAGCAUGCUGUGAAACUGGACCACUUGGAGUCUGGUGGGAUUUCCCCUGUGAAAACCUGUUUCCAUUUAUCUGCUACAAUGCUAAUAACACUUAUGCUAACAGAUAUGUCGGUGUCAGUUCUAAAUCGGACUGGAAAGGAGCUCUGGCUUACUGCAGAAUGUUUCACACAGAUUUGGCUUUUGCAAUAACUGCAACAGAUAACAGCGCAAUACAGAGCGUAGCAGCCCGUCAGGGUGGAUCGUGGCUUGGUGGAUACAGAGACACAUGGAAGUGGUCAGAUGGAACAAACACAUCAAUCCUCCUAUGGCUUUCUGGACAGCCUGAUAAUUAUUAUAGCAAUGAAAACUGUGCUGUGCUUGAUAAAGGAAUGUUUCAGGACACAAGCUGUACUGACCUGAACUAUUUCAUCUGUCAAACCACUCAUCAAGUGAGGAAAAAGCAGUUAAUAAGACUGCAUGUGAAGUCUGACUUGAGCGUAAUUGGUGCUGAUGUGCAGUCGGCCAUCGUAGAGCUGGUCAAGCAGAAGCUGGAUGAAUAUGGCAUGCUGAAGAACACCACAGUGACCUGGAGAGUGCAGUCAGAUGGACAAAUUUUUCACAAGAACAAAAAAUGAGAUCUAUAGACGCUACGAGGGUUUCAGCUCAGGAGUGUUUAAGCUCAGGAGUGUCAGAGGAAAUGGAUAAGGAAAAAGCAAAGAAUUUCUUUCAUUAGUAAAAUCUCAUUAGUAAAAUCUCUCUUGAUAUUAAUAUGGACUAUUGAUAUUAAUAUGGGCUAUUGUUUAUCUCCAUAUUAUAGCAGCAUCUUAACAUUUCUCCACUAUUCAAUUUCACUACAAAAUUUCA